AUGGACUUACGUAUAGGAAUUCGAUUCGAUAAAGAUCGAGGAAUAACCGAUCAGGAGCUUAUGCCUGGGACAGCUUCCACAGGUGAGGGUGGUUAUGGCAGUGUAUUCAAAGGAUUUCUUCCUAAUGGAGUGCCCAUUGCUGUGAAGAUACUCGUGAGAUCUAUGGGCAGUAAUGGUGAAGAUUUUGUAAAUGAAGUAUGCACCAUUGGUAGGAUUCACCACAUCAAUGUCGUGCGUCUUCUAGGAUUCUGUGCUGAUGGAUUCAAACGUGCUCUCAUCUAUGAAUUCAUGCCAAAUGAAUCACCGGCAAAGUUCAUUUUCUCAGUUGAUGGUAGAAAUACGUUGGUGGGCUGGGACAAGCUUCAUAACAUUGCCAUUGGCAUAGCCAGAGGAAUUGAAUAUCUUCAUCAGGGAUGUGACCAACGUAUCCUCCAUUUUGAUAUUAAGCCCCAUAAUAUCUUGUUGGACAAUAAUUUUUGUCCAAAGAUUUCAGAUUUUGGGCUUGCAAAGUUGUGUUCAAAAGAAAAAAGCAUAGUAUCAAUGACAGGUGCCAGAGGGACAGCAGGUUACAUUGCACCAGAAGUGUGCUCUGGGAACUUUGGAAAUGUUUCAUACAAAUCAGAUGUUUAUAGUUUUGGAAUGCUAUUGCUGGAAAUGGUGGGUGGGAGGAAGAACAUGGAUGCUACUGUGGAAAACACCAGCCAAGUGUACUUCCCAGAAUGGAUCUACCAUCGUUUGUAUCAGGAGGAGCUUGGGCUCCACAUUAUUGAAGAGAAAGACGCAUCUAUUGCAAGAAAGCUGACUGACUAUUGUGGCACUUUGGUGCAUACAAUGGUACCCAGUGGAUCGCCCCUCAAUGACAAGUGUUGUGCUGAUGUUAGAGGGAAGCAUGGAGAACUUGGUAAUGCCUCCCAAUCCUUUCACUUCUGCGGGUCCACCAAAUACUUCUGUAGCUUUGUCUGA